AUGGGUGGUGCGGUGAAAGAUAUCGCUUCAAAGUCAGAGCUUGAUAAUUUGCGCCAGAGCGGCGCACCCGUCAUGCUUCACUUCUGGGCUUCUUGGAACUUGGUCUCAAGCUACCCAUCAGUAACCGAUAACUCUGUUCAAUGGUGCUUGAGAAAGGAUCUUCCAUGUCCCGGAGACGCAGAACAUUCUUCUCUGUUCAUCAACUGUGGAGGAAGUAUAGCCAAGAUCGAAAAAGACACGUAUGUGGAAGACUUGAACGGGAGAGGAUCAUCAACAUUCUCCUAUUAUUACAAAACAGCAAGUCUCUCUCCACAAUCACUCAAGUACUAUGGACUAUGCAUGAGAAGGGGAAGCUACAAAGUGCAGCUCCAUUUUGCAGAGAUUAUGUUCCCAAAUGACCAGACUUAUAAUAGCUUAGGGCUUCGAGUUUUCGAUAUAUAUGUCCAAGUGAGUGGAGUUGGUAAACCGUUCACAAGGCAAAUUGAUGCACUUCAAGUGAAUGGAAGUACGGUGGAGAUUCAUUUGCAGUGGUCAGGUAAAGGCACAAACAUGUUACCGAUAAGAGGUGUGUAUGGUCCUCUCAUAUCCGCCAUAACCAUUACACAGAAUUUCAAGGUUGAUACCGGAAAGCCAUUGUCCAAUGGAGCUGUUGCAGGCAUUGUAGUUGCAGCUUCUGUGCUUUUCGCUUUGCUUGUUGUUGAAAUCCUAAGGCUUACAGGUUACUUAGGUGGAAAGGAAGAGGAUGAAAAUGAAGAGCUUCAGGGACUUGAUUUACAGACGGGAUCGUUUACAUUGAAAUAAAUCAAACGUACCACUAGCAACUUUGAUCCAGAAAACAAGAUUGGUGAAGGAGGAUUUGGACCGGUGUAUAAGGAAUCCUACCAUGUCCGCAAGCUUCAUUUUUUUCGUGGAUACAAUAUCCCAAAUCCAUUUCUCGUCAGAUGAGUGUGGAAUAUAAUGUCUUAUACAACUACCAUGCCAUGUAUGCUUACUUCGACAAAACAAUGACUGUUUAAAACCGCCAGCAAUGUAUAUGUUUGUGGGAGGAUAGUGUUUCUGAGAUGGUAUAAUUUGCAGGCCAACUCAUCAAAAGUUGAGUACCAGCUGUGGUGGGAGCCUUGAGACUGUCAAAGACAAAAAAAACCGAAGAUUCUUGAAUAUGUUUCUUCUGAUCGCUGAUAGCAGCCGUAUCAUGAAGACCCAAAGAGGCAAUGCAGGAAUACACUUUUUAAUUUAUUAGAUAUAUUAUGUGAGUAAUGUCUUUAAAAUUUUGUCAAAGUUUUAGUUUCACUUAUUUUUUUUUUUGUAUUGUAAAUUGUAUACAAACUCGGUUAGUGAAAUAUUGUGUUUACCAAAAAAUUGGUUCUUUGAUAGUUAG